CUAUCAUCGAAACGCUAUCCGAAACGAGAAAAAAACGCCUACAGCUCCCCGUGCGCUGCUGAGCCUCUCACUCUCCGUCGUCCGCCGCCUUGGCGCCAAAAUUACUGCAAAAAAAAAAAAAAAAAAAAAAAUGAGCGCCUGCAAAACCCUAUUCCGUACAUCUCUCUCCUCAGUCACCUCCACCCUCCGAACCAAUCGACCCACCGUCUCUCUCCUCCACUCCCCCUCCCUCCGCUUCUCUCCGCUUCCUCCCAACCAAGGGCUCAGGCUUGCUCCGUACAAUGUUCCUUCGCGUCCGUACGCUUCAAUUUCAUCCGAAGCAACCGCCGCAGAUUUCACAGACGAAGCUCACUCCGCGGACUCAACCCUAGAACCGCCGGAGAACCCGACGCAGGACACCGUGGAGGAGCUUCUGAGGAAGAAAAACGACGUCGCGCGCCUGAGGAAAAUGGAACGCCGCCACGAGUCCGCGCACCAAAUCGGCGGUCGGUGGUUCCCGUAUCUCGACAAGUUCAGCUGCGGUGAAGGUGCUUUUCUCAACAGCGGUGAGGUGCUUGAAGCGGUGGAUCCGUACAUAAUGGAUGUCAGGAAGGAGAAGUUUAGGAAAGUGGUGAAGAAUCGGAGCUACGGGGUGUGUCUGGUGGUUGAAGGAUUGGGAGAUUUCGGCAAUGUAUCGGCGGCGUUUCGGUCUGCGGAUGCGCUCGGGUUUCAGUCGGUUCAUGUGGUAUCCUGCGACUCCAAAAGAUAUAGAGACAAUCGCCAUGUCAGUAUGGGAGCCGAGAAAUGGUUGGACAUUGAAAUUUGGAACUCUACUGCUGAGUGCUUUGAAGUUCUGAAAUCGCGAGGGUAUCGAAUUGCCACAACGCAUUUGGGAAUGGACUCGGUGUCGAUAUACGACAUGGAUUGGUCUUGCCCAACUGCGAUUGUAGUCGGAAAUGAAAAUAGGGGAAUAAGUGAUGAGGCCCUGGCUUUGUCAGAUUUGCAUUGCAGUAUUCCGAUGAAAGGCAUGGUCGACUCUUUCAAUGUUUCAGUUGCUGCAGGCCUUCUCAUGCACCAUGCAGUUUGUGAUAGAACAUCUCGCCUGGGUAGCCAUGGGGAUCUGACAUUUGAAGAGAGCCAAAUUCUACUUGCUGAAUUCUCUCUGCGGCAUAGCAAGAGUUCAAUCAGCAUUGCACGUGAGUAUGUAAAGCGGAAGGCAUCUCUGCUCACGUCAAAGAUUUGAGAGACCCUUUUCUGAUUUUUGAUUGCCCGGAUGAUGUUAAACAAACGUGUUCUCCAAAUUUCUUAUGAGAAAGCAAUCACCAAAAGGAGCAGAAGAUAACAAGAAUUCUCUGAAGCCAACCAAGAGGACAAAGUGGCCAUGUCCGAUUGAAAGCAAAGCUUGGUGCGACAUCACAUGCAGUGUAGAGAGGGCAGCAUGAGAGCUUACCUCGGCAACCAAGCAUGUUCGGGCCAAGAAUUGUCAUUUGGUUGUCUAUUCUCCCAAUGAUUCUUUACUUUCUAGCGAUAGGACAGCUUGAAUCAAUGAAAUUAAUUACCUAGUCGUUCUU